AUGCUCAAUUUAAGUCUUAGAUUGGAUCGUCCGCAGUUUCGAGACAAUCGCACUUACCUGACUGUCGCGAAACAACGCAAUAGACGACGACAGCCGCAGCACCUGCAGAGCUUCACCGAACCAUCUAUUCCACAAAGAAAGGUUAUUAAAGUCAGAAAAAUCGACGCAGGCUCCAAGCCGCCCAGCACAACAGCCACGCGAACGUUGGCUAUACGGCUGGACAAUGAAAAUCGUCGUACAACGAACCAGGGUCAAAGAAUCAUGGUCUCACUCGAGAUUUAUAUGAUAAUCGCCACCAUCGCGGCGUCGCAUCGCAUCGGAUCGCCUAUGUGCGAUCAAGGUCAAGUAUUAUCAGCACCUAGUAAGUGGGGGGUCAGCAACAGCAGCUGGACGGGUGACCAUGGUCGUGACUGUGCUGGAAGCAGCUAUUUCUAUUCAUACAAUACGCGUUCCACGUGA